GAGUUAUGUAUGCGUGUCAAAUAUCGAAAACAAAAAUAUUAAACUUCUAGGAAAACCAGCUGUGCCGGAAUUAUUGUGAAAACAUUAAAUUUUCGUUAAGAUUCACUUUAAAAUGGUCGCAGAUUGUAGAUCACUCCUUCCUGCUGGAACAAUGUGGUGUGCUAAGUAGGCGUACUUAAAUUAUGUACAAACCGAACACUUCAAAGUGGGUUACCUAUAUCGAACGCAAUAGCGCCGUUGUUUAUUCGUGUCUGAGCGACAAUGGCGACUUUGCCACCACGCAAAAACUCUACGCCAACGAAAAUCUCGAAGCAGCAUCUCACUCCUUUGCAGAUUCUCCUUCAGAUGGGAUUUCCAAAGCAUAGAGCAGAGAAAGCACUAGCCGCUACGGGAAAUCGAGGCGUACAACUGGCCUCCGACUGGUUGCUAGCACAUGUAAACGAUCCAUCGCUUGACGAAUGUUCACCGCGGGAGUAUAUUCUGUAUGCAUGUCCCACAGGACCAUUUCUCCAGCAGCUGGAGAACUUUUGGGCACAAUCACAAGAAUUAUGCGGAUGGAACGGAGCACACAAUUUCAUGCCCCACAUUACGUUGGUUUCGUUCUUCAAGGCACCAGACGAAUGCGCACCCCAAUUGUCGAAGGCGUUGAAAGAACUAAUGAAUCUGCCGGGGGCACAUGUUGAUAGACCCAUAACAUUAGAGCCGUACACCAGUCCUAAUUUUAUGGGUUUCUUUGUCGGGGAAGACGAUGCCAAUUAUUUGAAAAGAUUAGCUCUUCAGUACGUAAAAGAAGUGUCACACUCGAUAAUCAGCGAUACCUACGAACAGUUAGAUGCGCUAGUUACCUGUUUUCCGUGGUGCGGGGGAGUAACAUCAGCACGCUGCAUACCACGUAGCAGCCGAUCCAUCUCGCUGGAACCACACGUUAAAUCGCUGCAUCUGACUCUUGCCUAUCAGUUUCCUCCGAAUCAAUUCAAUGCCCUCAAGCAGCUCGUGGAAAACUUGGAUACCUCGUGUACUGGUCAGAACUGGGAAUUGCGGCUAUACUCACGUGACGCGCGUCUCGCCACAAAACAGGUCCAUAAAAUAUUGUAUCCUCACACCCCGCGUGAACCCGACGAACUAGAACUGCGUAUUGGUGACUACAUAUAUCUCAGCCCGGAGGCUAUCCAAAACUCCACGGAUGGAUGGGUUGAAGGAAUUUCCUGGCUCACAGGAAUCAACGGUUACCUACCAGAAAACUAUACAGAAAGAACCGCCGAAUCCGAUGCAUGGACAAUGCACAGGACAGUACAGUUAUGUGACAUGUCACCGGACAACGUUGAGCCACCAGCGGAUAUGGUAGACGGUUUGCGGUUCGAGCUACAGACAGUCAACUUGAACCAGACCGCCAAUGACGAGCAUGAUGGUGAUUCACAAGAAACUGUUUCGAUUGGCCACUGUGAGAAACCACAGCAGCAGUCUUACAAGCAAUCGCAAAAGGAAGAAUCAAACCAACCAAAUCAGGAAGACGACGGUUUCAAGUUAAAGGAAGAUUUCAUUCCGCCAGAAACAUUCUACGAACUAAUGAAAAAGCGAACAACAAUGUCUGUGAUUACCAAUAGCCAUGAUUCGGGCUCUGCAAGUGACUUCGAUAAUACUCAGAUAACGAGACAGAACCUAUUAGGAAGACAAAUAUAUGUACUUCGUCACGGAGAACGAAUUGACUUCACCUUUGGCACGUGGAUCCCAUACUGUUUUGACGAAACAGGAAAAUAUAUUAGAAAGGAUCUAAACAUGCCGAAGUCUCUACCAAAUAGAAGGAGUACCUGCUGGCAAAGGGAUUCACCACUAACCAAUGUGGGUCGUUACCAGGCUCGGCUGACUGGAGAAGCGAUGAAGGAUGCAGGCGUCCGUAUCGAUCACGUAUACAGCUCACCAGCAUUCCGGUGCAUUCAAACGACUACAUCAAUUCUGGAAGGACUCGGUCUCAAAGACAGUCAUCCCAUCCAUGUUGAGCCAGGGUUAUUCGAGUGGUUGGCUUGGUAUCAGGACGGGCUUCCGGAAUGGAUGUCAAAGGAAGAACUCGUGGCAGCUGAUUACAAUAUCGAUACGGAGUACGAACCAAUGACGAAUGCAGAGGAACUUAAGGCUCGUCUCCACGAAAGUUUGGAGGAGUUCUACCAGCGAAAUUCAACAUCAACUGAGCAUUUAAUCAGGAACACAAUUGGAAACAUUCUUAUAGUGGGCCAUGCGACAACUCUGGACACUUGCACUCGGCAUAUUGUGGGGGAGAAACUGCGUUCAACAAGCGAUAUGAGUAGGAUUAUGCAGAAAGUUCCUUACUGCAGUAUGGCUGUGAUCGAGUCAGCAGACGGCAUCGGAGACUGGAAGCUGAUUGACCCACCGUGUGAACCUAUCACCCACACCAAUAAUAACCGUUUCGAUUGGAAAAAUUUGAUCUAAGCGCCUGAAGGUAGACAAAACAUAACUGUAAUACAUCAUCGCCCGAAUGACAACACGUAUUUUAGGAUACCACGAAAACAAAAUUACUGAUAGUGGAUAUGUUUCAUUGUUUAUAUAAUAUAUUCUGGUUAUAUCUAUAUCUUACUCGAUAAGGCUCGUAAGUGCAUAUUAACAUAUUUAUACUACAACAAUAGAUUCUCUGCUGAUGACAAAUGCAACUUAAACAAGCUUUAAAAAGUGUACUUCAACUAUAUUUGCAUAUUGCGCAGAAUAUGUGUUCACGUGGCUUAUCAUUUUUACCACUAGCAAUAUCUGAAGAAUAAAAACCAAUUUACCAUUCGUACAUAUGCAGCAAA